AUGAUCCUAUUGUCGCACAAAUGGUUGCAAACGAUAUAUUCGAGCUGUAUAGCCUUCAAUGUCUCGCGGAUUCUUCUGUCAAUCGCAUCGCCAUAUUGCGUUCCCGAAACCAGACUGCCGAAGGAGCGGUCUCAGACAUCUACCCCACAUCCCGCCCCCUCCCAACAAAAUACUAUAAAAGCCGUCCUACUUUCGACUCUCUUCUUAACUGCAACCACCACCACUUCCGCAUUGCAAACAACCAAACACCGCAUUAACAACAACCACAAUAUGUUUGCCUCAUACUCCACCCGCGCUGUCGUUCCCCGCAACGGGUUCGUGCCGUUGGGCGGCCGUCGGGUGUCUGUUCCCGACACAUCUUCACCAUCAUCACCGAGCCCGGCUCGACUGCGGAGAAACUCUGUCGACGUUGCCAAACAGGUGGCCAGCACCGUCGCUGGCCUCGUCACACCCACCCCUAUGCCAUACGUCGAGCCCCUCUUUGGUCUCCGCCGACCAACGCUGGGGGCCAUUCCGAUGGAGGAUCUGCGCCCUGCGAACUAUCUGCCGAUGCCCCCACGAGAGAUGCUCUUCCCGCGGACGGAGCAGGUGGCCCUGCUCAAAGCGGUGGGGCUGUUGGACCCGGAGAUGGAUGUCCGCAGUGCAGUUAUCGCGCUGGAUCUCUAG